AUGGCGAAACACGAGCAGCAAACCGACAACGACAAGCCCUUCGUUAAGAAGGCGCGAUGCGACAGCGAUGAAGAGGACGCUGAGGUCCCGGAGGAAUUGAGUUUAGUGGGUGAAGCUAUGCUUCUGUUUGGGAAGUAUGGUGCAGAGGGCACAACUGCUGGCGAUAUUCUCCUCUCCCUUAUGAUGUAUGAGGCUAAAGACGAUGUUCGUCAGUUUAUAGCACGUUCCAUAGCUUGUACCCCCGUUACCGCCAAGAUGGACGCCUUCUUAAACGACAAUGAAGAGGGGUGGGCCACCCAGGACCCCGAGAUGGACUGCGCCUGGUCCAAUGUUGUCGCCAAGUUACGAAAAGCCGGAAUGGAUGAGUCGACGAUCCGAAAGCUAGCGAAAGCCUCCGGACCAUUGAAGGCUGCGAUGUGCUGUUUAUGGCACGAUCCGACAUUAGCUACGGAGAAAGAGGAUUAUGGUAUGUCUCUAGAUCGUACUAAUCCUUGCGUGAACUUGCAGUGGCAGAAGAUUAGCGACAACAGUAAAGUCCGGACCCAGGAUACAUACCUAAUGAGGAUAGCAUAUGAUGGUAAGGGCCCUCAAUGGGAAUCAAUCUUUAGUGAUAAUGCAGCAGAUAUUAUCGAAAUCUGCCAUAACUUUGCUUUAGAUGCAAUUCUGUCAGCACCUUUUAGUAUCAUUCUAGGACGAUCGAAUAUCGAGAUUGUAGAAGAGCUACUGAAGAAACGGGAGGACGAACUAUUAGUUGAAACAAUUGGCCUGCGUGUCCCGGACGCCCGGGUUCUUCUUGACCUUAUCUGGAAUGCAGUAUGCCAAUGGAGCGGCGUUCCAAUAGGAGACGACAGCCUGUUCUCAAGGGGAGAUAACGAAAAGAAGAUGGAUAUACUCGCCCUUAUCAAAUCCCGACGCGCGCAAGAAAGAGCUUCUGGCGUCAACGUUAACCAUCGAGAAGCGCGGGCAAUGGUUGCGCACAUGCUGGCAAAGCCAAAAUAUGCCGAGCUUGUGGAGAAACUGGAUGCUCUGGAUGAACAAGAGAGCUUUCUUGAAGCUAUACUCUAG